AUGUUGCAUCCAUCUUCAAGACGGUUUUUAUCCACUCAGGUGAAGGGUCCAGGGCCUGCUGUGAAAAAACUCAUUGCAAUUGGUGAGAAAUGGAAACAGAAGACCAUCCGUGGGUUACCUAAACAAAAUGUUUCGGCUAAAGGGUCCAAAUAUAUUCUGUGCCAGUUUCCGUACCCUUCUGGAAUGCUGCAUAUUGGGCAUCUUCGGGUCUAUGUUAUCAGUGAUUCUCUGAAUAGAUUUUACAAGCUAAGAGGCUACAACGUGAUACAUCCGAUGGGAUGGGAUGCUUUUGGACUACCUGCUGAAAAUGCUGCCAUUGAAAGAUGUGUGAAUCCUGCCGUAUGGACUAGAGAUAACAUUGCAAAAAUGAAACAACAGAUGGAAAGUAUGCUGGCUAAUUUCGACUGGGAUAGAGAAAUAGCCACAUGUAAUCCCGAAUACUAUAAAUUCACUCAAUGGAUCUUCUUAAAACUUUUCGAAAAUGGCCUAGCUUAUCGUAAGGAAGCGGAAAUUAACUGGGAUCCUGUUGAUAGAACAGUGUUGGCUAAUGAACAAGUAGAUGCUCAGGGUCGUUCUUGGAGAUCAGGGGCCAUUGUCGAGAAAAAACAGCUAAAGCAGUGGUUUUUGGGAAUAACGAGAUUUGCCCCUAAAUUGAGAAAACACUUGAAUCAAUUGAAAGACUGGCCUUCCAAUGUGAAGCAAAUGCAAAAAAAUUGGAUAGGUGAAUCUGUAGGUGCAGAAUUGAUAUUCAAAGUUACAAACCCUGAAUUUGAAGAUUUGGUUGUCUUUACAACAAGGCCAGAAACCUUAUUUGCGGUGCAGUAUGUGGCUCUGGCUUUGGAUCAUCCAAUUAUACAGAAAUAUAGUGAAACAGUGUCCGAACUGAAAGAGUUUGUGAGAAAAAGCGCCGAAUUACCAAACGAUACAAAGGAAGGAUUUUAUUUACCUAAUAUAAAGGCUGUGAAUCCCUUGACUAAGGAGGAAAUUCCUAUCUUCGCAGCUUCAUAUGUUGUCAGCAGCUAUGGCACUGCGCCAAGCGCAGUAAUGGGAUGCCCGGGCCAUGAUAGUCGAGAUUUUGAAUUUUGGCAACAAAACUGUCCCGGAGAACAUAUUAAGACCUGUAUAGCACCUUUCUUUGACGAUGCUUGUAAAUUAUCUGAAAAGGAAAAAGAAAAAAUAGUUGAGACUCUCCCAUUCACGUCUACCAGUGGUAUUUUAACUAAAGAAAGUGGGGAAUAUGCAGGAGUUUUCACUGAAGUGGCAAGAAAGUCGAUAAUGGGGAAAUUGCAUACAGAGAGACUAUCUAAGAAUAUCGUUAGAUAUAAAAUCAGAGAUUGGUUAAUAAGUAGACAAAGAUACUGGGGCACCCCAAUACCCAUCAUUCAUUGCGAAAAUUGUGGACCCGUCCCUGUUCCGGAAAGUGAGCUGCCCGUCAAAUUGCCUGAGCUUGAAGGAUUAGAUACAAAAGGGAAUCCGCUGUCUACAAUCGAGGAAUUCGUAAAUGUUGAUUGUCCUUCAUGCGGGGGGCCUGCCAAAAGAGAAACUGAUACCAUGGAUACCUUUAUUGAUAGUUCUUGGUAUUAUUUUAGAUUUUUAGAUCCCAAGAAUACAUCAAAGCCGUUUGAUCGUGAGAUUGCAAAUGAAUAUAUGCCUGUCGAUAUCUAUAUUGGUGGAGUAGAGCAUGCUAUCUUGCAUUUAUUAUACUCCAGAUUUAUUGCUAAAUUCCUCGGAUCUAUUGGUACAUGGGACGACGCUACUGGCAUCUUUGAACCAUUUAAGAAACUGGUUACACAAGGAAUGGUUCAGGGUAAAACUUAUGUAGAUCCUGAUACUGGGCGAUUUCUGAAAUCAGACGAAUUAAAGUUUAUAAAUGAUUCUCCAGACGGGAACACCGUAAUUAUAAAGUCAAACGGCAAGGCUCCAAUGGUUUCUUAUGAAAAAAUGUCAAAAUCUAAACACAAUGGUGCAGAUCCUAACGAGUGUAUUUCAAAACACGGACCUGAUGCUACAAGGGCACAUAUUCUUUUCCAAAGUCCAAUUUCAGAUGCUCUGAAUUGGGACGAAUCUAAGAUUGUUGGUAUUGAACGUUGGUUGCAAAAAAUUCUUCUUCUGACCAAAAAUAUUCUCAAGCUCGACGAGAAUUUAGCAAUAAGCGAAUGCUUUAAGACACCGACAGAUCUGAAUGACGCAGAGGUGAAACUUCACAACGAUUUUCAGUGUCUCUUAAAAUCAAUAACCGAAUCAUUCGAAGUUCAUAUCUCAUUAAAUACUGUAGUAUCUGAUUAUAUGAAACUAACGAAUACUUUAGAAGGUGCAUUUAAAAAAGGUGAAGUAAGAAAUGAAAUGAUGGUGCAGAAUUUACAAAAGCUGGUAAGCGUUAUCUAUCCCGCUGUCCCAUCAAUUUCGGAAGAGGCGGCGGAAAUGAUUAGCUCUCAAAUGAAGUGGAAUCAAUAUCAGUGGCCAGAAAUUGAGCGCAUUACCGAAUCCCAAUUUAAAAAGUUCCAAGUUGUGGUGAAUGGGAGAGUCAAAUUUAUCUACACAACAGAUAAAGACUUUUUCAAACUGGGUAGAGAUGCCGUUAUUGAGACUUUAUUGAAGUUGCCGGAAGGUAAAAUGUACUUAAUGAAUAAAAAAAUUAAAAAAUUCGUUAUGAAAUAUAAUGUGAUUAGUUUCUUGUUCCAUAAAUAA